AAUUAAUCUAUUUUUCAUUUUUUUUUUUUUCAGUUGAACACAUCUACCUCUUGCAGCUACUGCGACCGAGUUGUUUUUGUUCCUUCAAUCUGAAAAAUCUGAACAAUGGGUUACGUUCAAGAGGCACGCGAGAAUCACGUCAAGAAGAAAGUUGAAGAAGCUUUACGCAGCAAAAUGAAGAGUAAGGCACUUAAGGAGUGUGAUGAGUAUACAAAGAAAUAUGCUGAAUGUGCUUUGGGGAGAACGCUUUCAGUUGUUUGGCAAUGUCGUCAACAAGCUAAAGAGUUGAACACUUGUCUUCAUCAAUUCACCAAUGAUUCAGUCUUGGAGGAAAUGAAGAAAGAAUACAAUCUAAAAGAAAGUGGAGCAGACGCCGUUAGAAUCUAGACUAUUCGAUUUCAGCGACACGAUGUAUGCCAGAAACAGAAAUGGUUAUACAUUGAUGCACCUGGCAUUGAAAUUUAGAUGUUUGAGAAAGAAAAAUAAUUUGUAUGAUGAUUGUUACCUGAUCUUAAACUAGUGUGCUUUCUCGUACAAUUUUUUUUAUGAAGGGUGAAUGGUGUUAGUAGUUUAA